UCAACUAUACCACAAUUUGCCCUGUGGUUGUUUCCUCCUCAACACAUGGUUCUAAUAUGCACUUGGCUUGGUAUUUUUGCAAUAUCCAAAAUCGACUCCCACUCUCUCUCUCUGCCUCCCUCUCCCUCUCCCUCCCUCUCAAUCUCAAUCUCAAACAAACAAAGUAGGAAACAGGGGGGAGGAGCCGGGGGCGUGACAGAACAAAGAAACAACUCUGUUUGGCUCCGCGGCCGCUCAGUCUACCUGCUGCUGUAAGCUACACCCUGACCAGGAGCAGAGGAGCACACCUGGGAGAGAGAGACACCGAGACACCAAGGGGGAGGGGGGCAGGUAGACCAGAGAGAUAGAGAUAGACGUCGAGCGACAUAGGCACAGCAGGCGGGGUGGAUUGGUGGGUGGAGCGUCCGAAGCUCAGCAGGGACAGGUUGAACUGGUUUUCCCUCUCAGGCUACAUGCGACUCGCUCUCCUCACAGGAACACGCCUCGCUCGCCCAGACGGCGCAGAGAGCAGGGAAGGGCAGGGAGUUGUUUCCCUCUCUUUAGUUUAUCUGGAUCUGACGGCUACUUGAAGCACAGCCAUGCCCGAAGAGGAGUUCUACGGGAAGAAUGGUGAGCCCCGCAAGUAUGACCCCACCUUCAAAGGCCCGAUCCACAGCAGGGGCUGUACGGACAUCGCCUGCUGCGUCCUCUUCAUCGUGGCAAUACUGGCCUACGUGGCGGUGGGGAUCCUGGCCUGGUCCCAGGGCGACCCCAGGAAGGUGAUCUACCCCACGGACAGCAGGGGGCAGUUCUGUGGGCACGCGGGCACCCCUCUGGAGAAGAAGCCUUUGCUGUUCUACUUCAACAUAAUGAAGUGUGCCAGUCCCAUGGUGCUGCUGGAGUUCCAGUGUCCCACGACGCAGAUGUGUGUGGCGAAGUGUCCUGAUAAGUUCAUGACGCUGGUGAAGGCUCGCCUCAUCCCCUCUGAGUUUGAGUACUACAAGCAGUUCUGCAAGGAGGGGGUGACCAACCAAAUGAGUGUUCCUGAUAUCCUGAAGGGAGGUCUAUGCCCGGCCAUGUUAACCCCCAGCAAGUCCUUCACUAGGCGGUGUUUCCCUGCCCUGGCUGGGAAGGACGGCUCCAUCACGGUGGGGAACAGCUCCGGGUUCGACGACGGGACCGGGACCAUAAGGGAGGCCAAGGACCUGGUGGACGGGGUCAAGAACGCCACGGUGGUGAUGGAGGCACGGCAGGUGGUCAUGAAGGUGUUUGAGGACUACACCCACUCCUGGUACUGGAUCCUGCUUGGUCUGGUGAUCGCCAUGCUCACCAGCCUCCUCUUCAUCGUUCUCCUGCGCUUCCUGGCGGGCAUUAUGGUCUGGGUGAUGAUCGUCAUGGUGAUCCUAGUCAUCGGCUACGGUAUCUUCCACUGCUACAUGGAGUACGCGGCACUGAAGGGGGAGGCGGGCUCUGACGUCACCCUGCAGGACCUGGGCUUCCAGACAGACAUCACCGUGUACCUGCAGAUCAGACAGACAUGGCUGGCCUUCAUGAUCAUCCUGGCCAUCGUGGAGGUGGUCAUCAUCCUCAUCCUCAUCUUCCUCAGGAAGAGGAUCCUGAUCGCCAUCGCCCUGAUCAAGGAGGCCAGCAGAGCCAUCGGUCACGUGAUGUCGUCCCUCUUCUACCCCCUGUUCACCUUCCUGCUGCUGGCCAUGGUGAUCGCCUACUGGGCCGUCACCGCUGUUUUCCUGUCCACCUCCAACGAGCCGGUGUACAAGGUGUUCAACGAGACGGAAUGCAUGCACUCCAGGAUGAACUGUGAACCUGCCAACUUCUCCACCAGCGCCAUGAAGGCGGACUGCCAGGACUCGGAGUGCCUGUUUGCGUUCUAUGGCGGGGAGACGGCGUACCACAAGUACCUGAUCGGCCUGCAGUUCUACAACGUCUUCCUCUUCUUCUGGUGCGCCAACUUCGUGACGGCGUUGGGCCAGAUGACGCUGGCCGGGGCCUUCUCCUCCUACUACUGGGCCUUCGUCAAGCCCGACGACAUGCCCGCCUUCCCCGUGUUCGCCUCACUGGGCCGUUCCCUCAGGUAUCACACAGGUACUCUGGCGUUCGGCUCGCUGAUCCUCUCCAUCGUCCAGAUCAUCAGAGUCCUGCUGGAGUACAUUGACCACAAACUCAAAGGAGCACACAACAAGUGCACCCGCUUCCUGCUCUGCUGCCUCAAGUGCUGCUUCUGGUGUCUGGAGAAGUUCGUCAAGUUCCUCAACAGGAACGCCUACAUCAUGGUGGCGAUCUACGGUAAAAACUUCUGCACCUCAGCCAAAGACGCCUUCUUCCUGCUGAUGAGGAACAUGAUCAGGGUCGCUGUUCUGGACAAGGUGACGGACUUCCUGCUGUUCCUGGGCAAGCUGCUGAUCGUGGGGAUAGUUGGCAUCUUUGCCUUCUUCUUCUUCUCCGGCCGUGUGAAGGCGUUCGAGGACACCGCGCCCCACCUGCACUACUACUGGGUGCCCAUCCUGACGGUGGUGGUGGGCUCCUACCUCAUCGCCCACGGGUUCUUCAGCGUCUACGCCAUGUGUGUGGACACCCUGUUCCUCUGCUUCUUGGAGGAUCUGGAGCGGAACGACGGCAGCGCAGAGCGGCCGUAUCUGAUGCCAGAGACCCUCCGCAAGACCCUCAACAAGAAGAACAAGACGCCGCCGGCGGAGUAGAGCGCCCUCUGCUGGCCGGGUGGCGGAAAUUUUAAUCCAGCUGUUCGGUUUUUCUUUUUUUUUGAAAGCGGAGAUUUAUUGCUGUUGGCAACAAGUACCUGCUUUUGACAAUCGGCCGUCACUCGUGUUUUAAUGUCUGACCUGAAUCUGUCGAGACUUUGUGUGCCUACAGCUGCCGCCGCUAGGGGGAGACAAAGGGACGUCCCUCCGGUCCCACCGAGUCCCCGCGUCCCUCCUGCUGUUCUGUUGUUUUAAUGCGGCCCGGUGUUCAGUGUCAUAGUUGUGGAGGUGAAUUUGAGUUUUUGAAGGCAAUUAGCAGUUGAAUACGGUUUGGUGUGUGUAUAUUCCUGUUUAUUAAAGGAUUAGUUGUUUAUUUAACCAUGAUAUAUUUGAAUUAUUUGGGAGAUAGUUAUGUUACAAACAACAAAGCUUGUAAUGGAACUCGCUUUUUUAAAUUUGUUUUGCCGUUUAAAUAACCUUCCUUAAAUCAGGUUAAAUAUUUAUCCUGUUGAUACCAAAUAUUUUUGUAAUCUGUGCCAAAGAGUUACUGCCGACCUCCAGGAAACGGGGUCAUAGCUGGGAGGUCAAAGGUCAACAUAAGUGUAGGGAGACCGUAAUGCUGUAAGCUUGAUGUUAGCUAUGUGUCUGUUUUCCUGUGGAGUUUUGUUCAGCAUGUUUCUGAAAUAAAACCUUUUUUUACUGCU